ACCCUUUUUAUUUAUUCUUUAUUAGUUGCUGCGCGUAUUUUAUAAUGUUCCAACAAUCUUUUAAAUAUUACAAGGCGAAAUGUAAAACACCCGAUCUAAGCAAUGUAAUUGACUUUGAUCGAUAUGACAAUGAGGAUACAGGACAGCCGAUAUUACAAAAUAGUAUUUCUCUUUGGACAGACAGCAAUUUUUCUCAUAGGUGGAAAAACUAGCGAUGAAACACCAACCGCACUAUACAUCCAUAGCGGCGACGUCUUAAUAAUGUCGGAGGAAUCCCGUCUCUGCUACCACGCAGUGCCUCGUAUUAUUAAAACACAAAGUUCUUGGACUUCCGAACUGCCAAUUAAAGACAUCGAAAUUGAAGAACUAGAAGAGAACUGUUUGGACAAGGCCUUGCUUCAGAAAGUGGGCGACUGGAAUUUCUGGAAGCCUUUUUCAUGGUAUCUUAACGAUUCACGAAUUAAUAUUAAUAUACGACAAGUACUCAAACCAGGCGAAAUUACUCUCUGACAAAUAUAAUAUCAAUCGAAUAUAA